GUUGCGAAGAGAAACCAACAUGGAUGGAGGUGGAGGUCAGAAACCUGGAGGUCCAAUUUACAAACGUAGUCCAGACAUGACAAAAUCUCCAAUGACAAAGUCUGAGCAACUCCUGAGAAUAGACGACCAUGAUUUUACCAUGAGGCCAGCAUUUGGAGGUCCUCCAAUUCCUGUUGGUGUCGAUGUUCAGGUUGAAAGUCUGGACACCAUCUCUGAGGUGGAUAUGGACUUUACCAUGACACUAUACCUGCGUCACUACUGGAAGGACGAGCGGCUGUCGUUCCCGAGCACCAACAACCAGAGCAUGACCUUUGAUAGUCGCCUGGUGAAGAAGAUUUGGGUUCCUGACAUGUUCUUCGUCCACUCCAAGCGCUCGUUUAUCCACGACACCACAACUGAUAAUGUCAUGCUGAGGGUUUACCCUGACGGAAACGUGCUGUAUAGUCUCAGAGUGACUGUCACCGCCAUGUGCAACAUGGACCUUAGCCGCUUCCCUCUGGACACCCAAACCUGCUCCCUGGAGAUUGAGAGCUAUGCAUACACAGACGACGACCUGAUGUUGUACUGGAAGAAAGGCAACGAAUCCCUCAACACCGAUGACAGAAUAUCUCUGUCCCAGUUUCUCAUCCAGAAAUUUCACACCACCACCAAGCUGGCGUUCUACAGCAGCACAGGCUGGUACAAUCGUUUGUACAUCCACUUCACCCUGCGGCGCCACAUUUUCUUCUUCCUGCUGCAGACCUACUUUCCCGCGACUCUGAUGGUCAUGCUGUCCUGGGUGUCCUUCUGGAUCGACCGCAGGGCCGUCCCUGCCAGGGUGCCACUAGGCAUCACCACAGUGCUGACCAUGUCCACCAUCAUCACCGGAGUCAACGCCUCCAUGCCACGAGUCUCCUACAUCAAGGCAGUAGAUAUUUACCUCUGGGUCAGUUUUGUAUUUGUCUUUCUGUCGGUGAUAGAGUACGCAGCAGUCAACUACCUCUCCACGGUGCAGGAGAGGAAGGAAAGGAAGCUAAGGGAGAGACUGCCAUGCACUUGUGGCAUUGGCAACCCAGACGACAUGAUGAUCGACCCCCAGAUCACUGGUUACGGGACAAUGGAUAUGAACACAACAGGGAAUUAUGGGAUGCCCGAGAACGGCGGGCGCCAGGAGCCAAGAAUGUUGGCCCAAGUGGCACUUAACGACCCGCAGAUCACCGGUCAGGUGAAGCCAUCCAGAGGCUACGUGAACAUUUGGAUAGACACCCAUGCCAUAGACAAAUACUCAAGGUGGAUGUUUCCUGGAGCGUACAUCCUCUUUAACAUCAUCUAUUGGUCCAUCUACCUUUAACGCAGGAUGCAGUACCUCGGUGAGAGCCGUCCAUGAUGUGACUCAAAGAUCCUGCGUUAGAGCAGAAAACAAACAAACAUUGCAUUUGAUGCUUUUCAUACAGAGUGACUGCUCAUAAGAUGCAAGGGGACCAUUAACAGAUUGGUGACCAUUGCCUUCUUUUUGACCCAGCCAUUUAAAACUGAAGAGUUGAAAAAUGAGCCAUGUACAGGACGGACAUCUUGGCUCAUUUUGUCACUCUCUGGUCUGUGUGGUGUCAUACUGUAACUACUGGCUGUUGCUGGAAAGACGUUUGGAUGUUGUCGACUGAGGACAACUGCACAGACAGAUGCUUUUACACGGCCCUUUGUAUUUGUGCAGGUUUGGCAACAUUUCAGUUCUACUCCUACUGACCACGUUUUGAGAACUGAUAAAUGUAUGAAAAUAGAUUUCUGACACUUCAAGGCCCUCUUUGACAAUCAGAAGCCAACUAAAAAGUAUUUAGUAGCUCAGGCUAUUUGUUUACUAGUGGAAUUUUUGAGGAGAUGAUUGGUAUAAUUGUCAUAUUUGUCUGUUGUAUUCAAAGGCAAAGCCAGCAGCUAGCUAGCCUAGCUUAGCACAACACUGUAAGUGGGGGGAAACAGUUAGCCUGGCUCACCAACAAAACCUUCAAAAAACCUUUCUUCAGACAGAGCCUUUCAGUUCUUUCCUCCUGUUUACCGUCAUGGUGCUAAGCUAGGCUGUUAGCCCAGUAGCUCUGGCUUCAUAUUUAGCCUUCUUCACUUCAAAAAGUGUUUUAAUCUUCACAUCUCACACACGGUAAGAAAUCCAAUAAAAGUGAUUUAAAAAAAAUGUGGAACUUUUUUCCCUUAACAACUCAAUAGUCAGAUUAUUUGUCUUCUUGAAUGAUUAUUUUGUUUUUGCAGCACGUUAAACUAUGAUUCAAUAUAUGUUUCAUUGUAUUGUGAUCUUUGUAACAAUGAAAUUAUUGUGCUGUCAAACUACUUCCUUUAUUGCAAGUUUAAUUUGUUAUAAAGCUAAAAAAAAAUGCAGUCAAUUAAAAUCACACAAAAAGAAAAAAAAACAUGCUUGGUGAGUCCCAAACACUGAUGAUGGUAUUGCUUUUUCUUAAUGUCCUUUCUUUCUUUUUUUGUAAUGCAGCUGAAGCUCAUCUCCACUGUUUGGUGUUUCGAUGCUUUGAGGUUCACUGUGAGCUGUUAGUUGCUAGUUUUAUCAUCUUUUUCAGCUUCAGACUAUUUUAUACUUUUAUGGGCUAAAGAUAUGUUUAAAAUACAUCUUGUUGGUUUUUGCAAUUUAAUUACCAAACAGAGAGAUAUGAAAUGAAACUCUUGAAAAUGUGGAAUAAAAGUUUUUGUUUUCUGCAAAUAUGAAAGUUAUUGUAACUGAGCUGAG